UAGCAAGUGUAGUGCUUGGUUCUCCUCCUUCGUUCCUUCCACCAGAAAACAAUGGAUCGGAGCUCCUUCUCUGCCGGAACCCGGAAGGCCCAACCCAAAUCCGAUAUAUACUCUACCUUCGUCGUCCACAACGAUGAUGACGCCGGAGACGGCGGAACAAUCCGGCGCCGGAAAUCCGGAAUCCCGGAGUCACAGGAGGAUCUGUACGGGACAAUGGUGUACAAAGAGAACGGCCACGACGACGACGACGAAGACUCCUCCCUCCCUCCACUCCUCAAGCGCCUCCCCAAGGACUUCGGAGGCGGUGCCUCAAUGGAUUACGAUGACGACGACGACGACGACGACGACGACGACGAAGGUGCUGGAGAUUUUGGCACCAUGAUUGUGAAGACUGACCGGAGCCGGCAGCGGGAGCGGUCUUCUUCUUCCGGCUUGGUUUCGCCAUCGGGAUCGACCUGGAAGGCUCAGAGUUCUUCUCAGGCGAGCGUCGGCGGAGACGACGACGAUGACGACGACGACGGUGGCGGUUUUGGGACGUUCGUUGUGCGCUCGACGGUGAGAUCCAGCGAGAGAGAGUCGAUAAGCGGAACCGUGGUGCGUAGGACCGCCGGCGGCAGUGGUGCCGGUUCAACGAUGGAGAGGGCUGUGGCGAGCAUGCAGGCGGCGGGAGAAUUUGGGAAGCAGAGGAAAGGGAGCGGUUCCUCGCAGAACGAGGAUGCGAGGCAGCAAUUGAUAACAACGAAGAUUUCGGCGAGUUCGAUCCCGGAGAGUGUUACCAGAGAGGAUCCUACAACCAAGUAUGAAUUGCUCAAUGAACUUGGGAAGGGAUCCUAUGGAGCUGUUUACAAAGCAAGGGAUUUAAGGACAUCGGAGAUGGUUGCUAUCAAAGUCAUAUCAUUAUCUGAAGGGGAGGAGGGAUAUGAGGAAAUCCGUGGUGAGAUUGAGAUGUUACAACAAUGUAAUCAUCCAAAUGUUGUCCGCUAUCUUGGGAGCUACCAAGGAGAAGAGUAUCUUUGGAUAGUGAUGGAAUACUGUGGUGGUGGUAGUGUUGCUGAUCUGAUGAGCGUGACUGAUGAAGCACUGGAUGAGGGUCAAAUAGCAUAUAUCUGUAGAGAAGCACUGAAGGGACUUGAGUACUUGCACUCAAUUUUCAAAGUCCAUCGAGACAUUAAAGGCGGAAAUAUCUUAUUAACUGAACAAGGAGAUGUCAAGCUAGGGGAUUUUGGUGUUGCUGCACAGCUGACAAGGACUAUGUCAAAGCGCAAUACGUUCAUUGGAACCCCUCAUUGGAUGGCUCCAGAAGUUAUUCAGGAAAGUCGCUAUGAUGGAAAGGUAGAUGUUUGGGCUCUUGGUGUGUCUGCGAUUGAAAUGGCUGAGGGAGUUCCUCCAAGAUCAUCAGUGCAUCCGAUGAGGGUUUUAUUCAUGAUAUCCAUUGAGCCAGCUCCAAUGCUUGAGGAUAAAGAAAAAUGGUCUCUAUAUUUUCAUGAUUUUGUUGCGAAGUGCCUGACCAAAGAGCCUCGGCUCCGCCCCACUGCAUCUGAGAUGUUGAAGCAUAAAUUCUUUGAAAAAUGGAAAACUGGAUCUGCUGCAGUGUUGCCAAAACUGGAAAAGGCAAGGCAAAUCAGGGCAUCAAUGGCUUUGCAGGUGCAAACUCUUGCCCCAACUCCAUUGGAAGAUGAGCAGCCCAUGGCAACUUCCAUGCUAAAUGAUGAAUAUGGAGAUACUGUUCCAUCCGGACAUCAGAACCUAGCAGUGCAGGAGGCCACUGAUCUUUCUUCAAGUGGUGGCGUGAGGGAAGAUGAUGGAGGUGAAGCAGGAAACUUUGGAACUAUGAUAGUCCAUGGAGAUGAGGUACAUAAGAUCACACAGGAUGGAGAUUCUGCAGGUUCCUUAUCUGCUUUCACGGGUGGAACAGGAUUGGCCGACUCUAGGGUUGACACCCUAAAAGUUGGUACAACAAACAUUGCCUCUUUUAGAGGAUCUAAUCCAACUACAGAUACCAUACAAUCAACUUUACCUCGUGUUAGAAAUUCAACCGAGCAGAACCUCAAAACGCAAGGUAGUUUUCGUGCACACGCUGGAAUUGGUAGUGAUAUAAGCACUAGCAUGUUGAAGAAUGAUACAGUCUUCCGCAAGUCAUUUGCUUUACAAGAUAAGCUAUGGUCCAUUUAUGCAGCUGGUAAUACAGUACCCAUUCCGUUCUUAAGGGCUACAGACAUAUCCCCAAUUGCUCUGCUGUCAGAUAAUGUGCUUGGUGGCUUGCAACCAGAUACCAGUGAGACUGGGGAAGUAGAAUCAUUGCAAGAGCUUUUUAGUGGUGAUGUGCAAUCCAAAAAGGGUCGGAGAGGACUAAAUGAGCAGAUGCCCCUUCCUCCAAGCAUUUACCAGCGGCUUACAUCAAGUUCCACUUUAAUGAAUUUGGCUCAGGCUUUAGCUUAUCAUAAGAUGUGUUACGAAGAUAUGCCACUGCAGGAGUUGCAAGCAACGCAGGAGCAGCGGACAAUUCAAAAUCUCUCGGACACGCUUAGAACCAUUCUUCGUUUGUAGGUAGAUCUCAUUGUCUCUAUUCUACUUCCCCAAUCCUUAUUGGCUGCAAAAAAUCACUACUGCUUUUCCAUUUUUCAUCCCGUUGAUGUGAUAUACUCGUACAGAUAGAGUAUGGUUUGCCAUAAGGACGCAAGUUUUGCUGGUUUCUUCUCACGUUCUGUUGUAGUCUGUGUAAAGUAAACCCUAGUAUAGGGUUUAGUAAGCUAUCAGAUAUUUGUAUGUACAUAUCGUGUAUCUUAUGUACUUCAACUAGUUGUGUUGCCCUCGUACACUAGUCAGAGCUGUUUUAGCAAUGCAAAAAAUGUUCAUCUUUUUAUCUCGA